AUGCACGUGUGUCCGACUGGCUCGAAAAUUCUAGACAGUUCUCCGGUGUGUAUUUCCCGCUUACACUCAGGUCUGGUUGGAAGUUAAACCCACAGCGCUCUUGGCUUAUAUUAACCAUGUCGGUGAUAAGCGAGGAUCGCGUGCGCGGCGGAAUGUUUAAAGAGAUCAGCGCAGACGAGGAGGACGCUCUUCCCACUGAACUCGAGAGCCUGUGUAUGAGCUGUUACCAGAAUGGAAAGACUCGUCUUCUCUUAACCAAAGUCCCUUUCUUCAGGGAGAUCAUCAUCAGUUCCUUCACAUGUCCUAACUGUCACUGGACCAACACAGAGAUCCAGUCUGCAGGCCGGAUCCAAGAGCAGGGAGUCUGCUACACACUCCAUAUAAAGACCAAAGAGGAUAUGAACCGUGAGGUCGUGAAGACCGACAGUGCCACUAUUAGAAUACCGGAGUUGGACUUUGAAAUCCCUGCAUUUACACAGAAGGGCUCAUUGUCCACUAUUGAGGGACUCCUUGACAGAGCAAUAUCAGGAUUAGAACAAGAUCAACCACUACGGCGGGCCACUGAUCCAGAAGUAGCAGACAAAAUAGACCAGUUUAUUAAGAGGCUGCAAAAGCUGAAAGAUGUAAAUGAGGAAUUCACACUGAUCAUUAAUGAUCCCUCAGGGAACAGUUUUAUUGAGAAUCCAUUUGCACCGCAGAAAGACCAAGCUCUUUCUGUAUCUCAUUACAAAAGGACACCUGAGCAAAAUGCAGCCCUUGGGAUACAGGAAAGUGAACCAGAACCAGAAGAAAAACCUGGCAAUGAUCUUGAGACAAUGAGGAAUGAGGUCCUGGUUUUCAACACUAACUGCCCAGAAUGCAACGCUCCUGCCUCAACCAACAUGAAACUUGUCCAAAUUCCACAUUUCAAAGAAGUGAUCAUCAUGGCCACCAACUGUGACAGCUGUGGACAUCGAACUAAUGAGGUGAAAUCAGGCGGUGCAACAGAGGAGCUGGGAACCAAAAUCACUCUCCAUCUCACAGACCCGUCAGACAUGUCACGAGACUUGCUAAAGUCAGAGACGUGCAGUGUGCUGAUUCCAGAGCUGGAGUUUGAGCUGGGCAUGGCGGCAUUAGGAGGAAAAUUCACCACUCUGGAAGGUCUCCUUAAAGACAUCAAGGAACUGGUCGUCAUGAAAAACCCUUUCGUUUGUGGAGACAGCGCCGCUUCUGACACGUCUGAAAAACUGGAGCUGUUUGGGGCAAAGAUUGAAAAGAUCAUGUCAGGAGAGAUGGAUGUCCACAUCAUCCUGGACGAUCCGGCAGGGAACAGUUACUUGCAGAAUGUUUACGCUCCAGACCCUGAUCCUGAGAUGAAGAUUGAAAAGUAUGUGCGAACGUUCGAGCAGAAUGAAGACCUGGGCCUUAAUGAUAUGAAAACGGAAGGUUACAGCGAGGCUGAAAAAUGAGACCGAUAUCAACCAGGGAUCAGGAUUAGUUAAAUGCUAUGGGCUUUAUUAUUGUUUUUAUUCAGUAUGACUUGCGGGAGUGAAGUACCAGAUCAAGUGUUCCCAAAAAGAAGGAAAUGGACAGCAAGUUAUGUUAACAUUUGAGUUGAUGCGAAAAAAAAAAAGCACCCAUGCUUCCUUUUGCUGUACAGAUUAUUUUGGUUGUCAUGUAAGUGUCAUUAAUUUAACUCAAACCACUGAUCUGGUAUUGAAGUGGUUUAUGUUAAGUUUAAAAAAAAAAAAAAAAAAAAAAAGCACUUAAUUUAUGAAUGCUACAUUUAUUGCUUUUUCUUUUUCUAAAACUGAAAAAAACAACAACUAUUGUAUGUACAAUAAAAGGAUAAGCCUUUUCUCAUGA